AUGAGCAUUUCCAUUCCCUCAGUCCAGAAAGCAGCCCUCAUCAAAAACCCUGGCGACGAGGCACGAAUUGUUAUUCGAUCAGAUAUACCAGUACAAAACCCUGGCAAAAAUGAGAUAUUAAUAAAGCUGGCCUGCACUGGUGUUUGCGGCUCAGAAAUCCGUGCACUUUCAGGAUGGGGUCCCUACAAUCCCAUCGUCGGCCACGAAGGCGUAGGAACAGUUGUCAAACUCGGUCACGACGUUGAUCCAAAUCUUCUCAACAAAAGAGUCGGCGUAAAAUGGCUGUAUAGCGCCUGCGGAGAAUGCACAAUUUGCAAGCGAGGCUAUCACAACAAUUGUCCGAAACAGCUCAACACGGGGAAACACGUCCCUGGCACUCUGCAGGAGUACAUGAUUGCGGAUGCUCGAUACGUUACCAAGAUUCCAGAUGGAGUUUCUAGCGAGGUAGCUGCGCCGUUACUUUGUGCGGGAUUAACUAUGGCUGGGGCUGUGUCGAAACUUGAAGGGUAUGCUGAAAAGGGAGAUUGGGUUGUGAUUUUGGGGUCUGGAGGUGGUCUGGGUCAUUUGGGUGUGCAAAUUGCUGCGAGAUUGAAUGGUCUUCGAGUGAUUGCCGUAGACACUGGAGAACCAAGGCGAAAGUUAAGCUUGGAAAGUGGUGCUGAGCACUUCAUCGACUUUGCCAGCGAAAAUAUUGAACAGAGGAUCAAGGAAAUCACCCGAGAGGGAGCAGCAGCCGUUUUGGUGGUUACUGCUUCCCAGGAAGCUUUUAUCCAAGCUCCAAAUCUGGUGAGGAAUAUGGGUAUCAUUGUCACGAUUGGGUUACCCAGAAACGACUUUAACAUCCCCCUCUCUGCUUCCCUCUGUUCGGCGCGAUCUCUUACUGUUGCCGGUGUUGCAGUUGGCACAGAGACUCAAAUGGAGGAGCUUCUACAGCACGCAUCGUCAGGUACCAUAGUUCCAGACAUCACGGUCCUCGAAUUUGAACAAGUCGGAAAGGUUAUCAGGGAUCUCCAAGACCAGACAAUUACAGGAAGAGUAGUAGUUAAAAUACCAUAA